CCAAAAAUCCUAUAUCUCCUUCGCCUCCUUUGAUUAAAAAAAAAAAAAGAGAAUCUCCUUCACUCUCUUCACAAAUCCUAAAUCCAGCGAGCGAGGGAGAGGAAGAAUAAGCCGACGAGGAAGAGAAGCUUCAGAGAUUCAUUCGUCCGGCAAUGGCGGCGAGCGGAGUGUCGAGAGUGGAUCUGGACGGGAGGCCGAUCAAGCCGAUGACGAUCUGCAUGAUCGGCGCCGGCGGCUUCAUUGGCUCCCACCUCUGCGAGAAGCUCAUGUCCGAGACCCCCCACAAGGUGCUCGCCCUCGACGUCUACAGCGACAAGAUCAAGCACCUCCUCGAGCCCGACACCCUCCCCUGGGCUGGUCGCAUCCAGUUCCACCGCCUCAACAUCAAGCACGAUUCCCGCCUCGAAGGCCUCAUUAAGAUGUCAGAUCUGACGAUUAACCUCGCCGCGAUCUGUACUCCGGCGGAUUACAACACCCGUCCGCUCGACACUAUCUACAGCAACUUCAUCGAUGCGCUCCCUGUGGUUAAGUACUGUUCGGAGAACAACAAGCGUCUUAUCCAUUUCUCUACCUGUGAAGUUUAUGGAAAAACCAUUGGCAGCUUCCUUCCUAGGGACAGCCCUCUUCGUCAGGAUCCUGCCUAUUAUGUUCUCAAAGAAGACGCCUCCCCCUGCAUUUUUGGUCCCAUUGAGAAGCAGAGGUGGUCUUAUGCUUGUGCCAAACAAUUGAUUGAGAGGCUGAUUUAUGCUGAGGGUGCAGAGAAUGGCCUUCAGUUCAGUAUCGUGCGACCUUUCAAUUGGAUUGGACCCAGGAUGGAUUUCAUCCCUGGCAUUGAUGGUCCUAGUGAGGGUGUGCCCAGGGUUCUAGCCUGUUUCAGCAAUGCUCUCCUACGCCGUGAACAGCUUAAGCUUGUUGAUGGUGGUCAGUCCCAGAGAACAUUUAUUUACAUCAAGGAUGCCAUUGAAGUUGUUCUUUUGAUGAUUGAAAAUCCUGACAGGGCCAAUGGCCACAUUUUCAAUGUUGGUAACCCCAACAAUGAAGUGACAGUUAGGCAGCUUGCUGAAAUGAUGACUGAGAUUUACUCGAAGGUCAGUGGAGAGCCACCUUUGGAGGUUCCUACGGUUGAUGUGAGCUCGAAAGUUUUCUAUGGUGAGGGAUAUGAUGACAGCGAUAAGAGAAUUCCUGACAUGACCAUCAUAAACAGACAAUUGGGUUGGAAUCCCAAGACAUCGCUCUGGGACUUGCUCGAGUCGACUCUCACCUAUCAGCACAGAACUUACGCCGAGGCUGUCAAGCAGACCAUGUCAAAGUCGGUCGCAUCCAGCUGAAGGACACAUGUUCAUGGUAAUGUGGUCGCCACGUGAGGAUUCUCGUACUGGAGCCCGCUGUUACAAUGCAGUGUGUUUUUUAUUCUUUGUAACGAAAAGUUUUUAACGUUUAAGCAAAGAUCGAUUCUUGUAUACGCCGAAAUUUUGUCGUUCCCCAUAUCAGUAGUCCCUGAGUUUUCAUGGGCCAGUAUUCUCGGGGAUGGGACUACAUGUUUUGUGUUGUGUAUCUGUCGCUGGGGUACUCCAUACGAAGGGAAGUCGUGUUAUCUGUUACAGCGGGGGAAUUGAUUCGCUGGUCAUCCCGGCUGCUUUACGCUUUGACUGGUGUUGUAUUAUUCGCUUUUAGGCUCUAUAAUUAAGAUUUAAUUUAUAUAUUA